UCUCGAAGAAGACCGAUCCGCUUUUUCCCUCCGGCCAGAGUUAGUGUUUGGACUUCCCUGCGACCUCAGGUUGCGAUGCUUCCCUUUUCUUUGCUCCGGACGACUCGGCCUCUGCGGAGAUGUGGUCAGCUGGUCAGGAUGGCUGUUCGGGCUCAGAACAGCGAAGCGGCCCAGACUCAGACUGGAGAAGCAAGCAGCGGCUGGACAGGCCAGGAGAGUCUAUUGGAUAGUGAUCCUGAGAUGUGGGAGCUGCUGCAGAGGGAAAAGGAUAGGCAGUGUCGUGGCCUGGAGCUCAUUGCCUCAGAGAACUUCUGCAGCCGAGCUGCGCUGGAGGCCCUGGGGUCCUGUCUGAACAACAAGUACUCGGAGGGUUAUCCUGGCAAGAGAUACUAUGGAGGAGCAGAGGUAGUGGAUGAAAUCGAGUUGCUGUGCCAGCACCGGGCCUUGGAGGCUUUUGACCUGGAUCCUAAACAGUGGGGAGUCAAUGUCCAGCCCUACUCGGGGUCCCCAGCCAAUCUGGCCGCCUACACAGCCCUUCUGCAGCCUCAUGACCGGAUCAUGGGGUUGGACCUACCUGAUGGGGGCCAUCUCACCCAUGGCUACAUGUCCGAUGUCAAGCGGAUCUCAGCCUCAUCCAUCUUCUUCGAGUCUAUGCCCUAUAAGCUCAACCCCAAAACUGGCCUCAUUGACUAUGACCAGCUGGCACUGACUGCUCGACUUUUCCGACCACGGCUCAUUAUAGCUGGUACCAGUGCCUAUGCUCGCCUCAUUGACUAUGCUCGCAUGAGAGAGGUGUGUGAUGAGGUCAAGGCACACCUGCUGGCAGACAUGGCCCACAUCAGUGGCCUGGUGGCUGCCAAGGUGAUCCCUUCACCUUUCAAGCAUGCGGACAUUGUCACCACCACCACUCACAAGACUCUUCGAGGGGCCAGGUCUGGACUCAUCUUCUAUCGUAAAGGGGUGCAAACUGUGGACCCCAAGACUGGACGGGAGAUCCCUUACACAUUUGAGGAUCGAAUCAACUUCGCUGUGUUCCCAUCCCUGCAGGGGGGCCCCCACAACCAUGCCAUUGCUGCAGUAGCUGUGGCCCUAAAGCAGGCCUGCACCCCCAUGUUCCGGGAGUACUCCCUCCAGGUUUUGAAGAAUGCUCAGGCCAUGGCUGAUGCGCUGCUAGAGCGAGGCUACUCACUGGUGUCUGGUGGCACUGAUAACCACCUGGUGCUGGUAGAUCUGCGGCCCAAGGGCCUGGAUGGAGCUCGGGCUGAGCGGGUGCUGGAGCUUGUAUCCAUAACUGCCAACAAGAACACCUGUCCUGGAGACCGAAGCGCCAUCACACCUGGGGGCCUGCGGCUUGGGGCCCCAGCCUUGACUUCUCGACAGUUCCGUGAGGAUGACUUCCGGAAGGUUGUGGCCUUUAUAGAUGAAGGAGUCAACAUUGGCUUGGAUGUGAAGAGUAAGACUGCCAAGCUCCAGGAUUUCAAAUCCUUCCUGCUGAAGGACCCAGAAACAAGUCAGCGUCUGGCCAACCUCAGGCAACGGGUGGAACAGUUUGCCAGGGCCUUCCCCAUGCCUGGUUUUGAGGAGCGCUGAAAGCAUCUGGGAAAUGAGGCCCACAGACUGGAAAUUACUCUCCCUUUCCACCUACCUGGACCAGUGGAAGCCUAUCUAUUUUUUGGUGGAGGUGGGAAGGUCUCCCACUUAGGGCAAGAGCCAGGUAUAGUCGUCCCCCUUCCCAGGAUUUGUAGUGAGAUUUUUUUUUUUUUUUUUUUUUUUUUUUGGUAACAAGACUUACAGGUGAUUGGAGGGGGCAGGAGCUUUCUGCCCUAAUCCUCUGCCAUAACUCAGUGUUAUAGAUGCCUGUUCUUUCUUGGGGAGGGGAGGGUUGCUCUUCUGAGCCAGUAGAAAGUGGAUAGGCACCCUCCUUCCUGUUUUUAUCUAAUAAAAUGCUAACCUGC